GAUUCUUCUCGUUUUGCUCUGAUUCUUCUUUUUUUCUUCUUCUUAUUUCUGGCGAUAUUACUCAUUCUCUGGGUCUCCUCUCCUCCUCUCUUCGCCGAAGUAGUCACAGUUCCGGCCACCAGGCAAAGAAGAAAGGAAACGACCUGUCUCAAAAAAUGGCUCCAAGUUCCAGGUCUCCUUCACCACGGACGAAGAGACUGAGAAGAGCUCAAGGCGAGAAAGAGGCUGUGAGGAGUAGAGAGAGAGAAGAUGAUAGGCAUGACGAUAGAGGAAGGGAGAAGAGAAACAGUAGGGAUAGAGAAGUAGGAAGAGAUAGGGACAGGGAGAGAAAAAGGCAAGGAGAAAAAGAUGGGGAAAUUGGGGAUAAGAGAAGACGCUCAGGGAGAGAGGAAAGUGAUGAAAGGAAAAGGGUAGGAGCAGAUGAUGAGAGACGCUCUAGAGGAAGGCAUGAGAGGUCCACUUCACCAUUGGAUAUGAGUCACAGAAGUAGUCGGCAUUCACCAGACAGAUCUAUUGUCUCAAGGCAUGAUGAGGGGUCUAAUGUAAGAGGGGGCGGCGAGGAGCUAAAUGCCGAAGAAGAUUCAGUCGCGAGAAUGAGAGCAGUUGAAGAGGCUCUGGCAGCGAAGAAAAAGGAAGAACCAUCAUUUGAGCUAUCAGGGAAACUUGCUGAAGAAACCAACAGAUACAGAGGUAUCACACUCCUCUUCAGUGAGCCCCCAGAGGCUAGAAAACCCAGCGAAAGGUGGAGACUGUAUGUCUUUAAGGGUGGUGAACCACUGAAUGAGCCUCUCUACUUACAUCGUCAAAGUUGCUAUCUCUUUGGACGUGAGAGAAGGAUUGCUGACAUUCCUACAGACCAUCCAUCUUGUAGCAAACAGCAUGCUGUUAUUCAGUACCGGGAAAUGGAAAAAGAGAAACCGAAUGGUAUGAUGGGGAAGCAAGUCAAGCCUUACAUAAUGGAUCUGGGCAGUACUAACAAAACUUAUAUCAAUGAAAAACCCAUUGAGCCACAAAGAUAUUAUGAGCUUUUUGAGAAAGACACCAUAAAGUUUGGCAACAGCAGCCGAGAGUACGUACUGUUGCACGAGAAUUCUGCUGAGUGAAUGAAAUCAGAGUCAAGCGGCAAUGAGUAUAUUGGAAGAUUAGAUAGUUGCGUUUCUCAGGGAUUAUAGAGAUGUUUGAGCAGCUUAAUGUCUUCUUUUUACCAUGCUGGUGACAAUCUCAGACAUUAUGUUAAUAACCAUUUAGAAAAGCUUUUGCGUUCUUGUUUGUUAACAAUUGAUGUUGAACGUUUGGUAAGAAAAAAAAAGGUUAUCUUUUGGUAUAA